GUUACGAAAUGCGGUUUUGUGAGAGUAAGCUGUAAUUUAUCGAGUUUUAAAAUCUAAGGAGUAAGCACUUUACAAAAUGGAUAAUAAUACAGAAAGAUUGAGCUUAUACAGCGCAAAUGAAUCUGCACCUCCUGAAACAUAUAGUUUCGGCAUGGUUACUCUUCGCCGUUUAUGGGCUAUAUUAAAAAUAAUUUUUUCAGAACAUCUUUGUACUAUAUUUAUAAUUUUAAUCUGCCUUUUAGCUUUAUUAGAACAGUAUCUAGUGUAUAAUGUUGGAAUUAUUCCUAGUGCCUUUUAUAAAGUUCUUGGUGACAAAGAUUUGAAUGCUUUUUGGCUGCAGAUUCUUAAAGCUACACUUUUAAUAUUAGCUAUAUGUUUUGUGCUAAGUUGUAAAAAUUACAUAAUAAAUGUUUUUUACGUAACGUCAAGGGAAGCCUUAACAAAUACUUUGCAUAUGUUAUAUUUCAAUAGUAAUAAGUUUUACAUUUUGAAUACUUUUAAGUAUGAUUUUACAGAUAAUCCUGAUCAGAGGAUAACUCAGGAUAUUGAUAAAUUUUGUCAUGAGUUUAGUUCUAUCAUCGGUCCUUUUGUUAUAGCUCCUUUUACGAUUUCUUACUAUUCCUAUAAUUGUUUUCAAACAACUGGGUGGAUAGGUCCUGUAGAAAUAUUUCUAGUUUUUGUUCUUUCUGCAGUAAUUAAUAAAUUACUAAUGAAACCAAUAGUAACAAAGGUCGUGCAGCAAGAAAAGUGUGAAGGUAACUUUCGUUUCAAACACAUGCAUGUUCGUACAAAUGCAGAAUCAAUUGCAUUUCAGGAUGCUAAUAUCGCAGAAUUAUCACGUUCUGACAAUAAACUUGUUGCGCUGAUAAAAAUUCAGCAAUCAUUGUAUUUAAGACAGUUCCCUCUUAAUGUAGCUGUAAAGGUGUUUAGUUAUUUUGGAAGCAUCAUCAGCUAUCUAAUCCUUGCAUAUCCAAUAUUUUCUGGAAGAUACAAUGAUUUAACUCCUCCAGAGCUAAGUGCUCUGAUUAGUAAAAAUGCAUUUGUUUCUAUUUAUUUGAUAUCUUGUUUCUCUAGCUUAAUUGAUUUAUCAUCGCAAAUUACUGAAAUUGGUGGAUUGACGCACCGUGUUUUUGAAAUUUUGGAUAUUUUGAAUGUAAAUUAUGAAGAUGAUAUCAAUGAUUGUUCAUCCAAGUCCUCAAAAUUCAAGAUGAAAUCUGGAGAAUUUUAUCAAGAAGCAGGUGAUUCACAAGUACCUGUUAUUGAAUUAAAUAAUGUGACAUUUUGUGCACCAAGAGAAACAAAGCCUUUAAUCUCGGACAUUUCUCUGGAAAUUUUUAUUGGUAAAAAUUUACUUAUUACUGGAAAAAGUAGCAGUGGUAAAACAUCUUUAUUUAGAAUUAUUAAAGGACUAUGGCCGAUUCAUGAAGGAACUAUAACUCGUAGACUGCCUUUUCAGCCAUCAUCUGUAUUUUUUUUACCUCAGCGUCCUUUACUUUCUGAUGGAACUUUGUUGGAGCAAAUAGUCUAUCCCUUGGAAUUGCCAAGAUUUUUAAAACCUCAUCAUGAAGAUAUUGACUUGAUACUUGGUUACUUGCAUUUUGCUGAAUUGGACCAUGUCUUAAAAAAAGCUGGACUUGAUGAUGACAUAGACUGGAAUUGGUAUGAUGUUCUUUCACCUGGAGAAGCUCAACGUCUCAGUUUUGUUCGAUUAUUUUAUCAUAGACCAAAACUUGCCUUUUUGGAUGAAGCAACUAGUGCCUUAGGACUUGAUUUAGAGACAAAACUUUACAAAAAAUGUACUGAGUUAGGUAUAACUUUAGUUAGCAUUGGACACCGUACAAGUCUUGUACAAUUCCACAAUGAUAUUCUUCAUCUUGAUGGUGAAGGUGGCUGGACUUUAACUCCAGUAGAUGAAAUUGACUAAAGAUCAUAUGUAUUUGUAUUGCAUAUAAAGUACCUAUCACUUAUGUUCACUUAUCUCCAUGUUUUAAAAUAUAUCAUACCAAAGAUGAAUUUUGAAAAGAAAUAAUAACUAUUGAAAAAAUAUGUUUUCCUUUCAUUUA